AAAACUUUGUGUAUUUUAUUUUAAAUUUCAAAGGUUACGUACAAAAUUAGAAUUUGUCCAAACUUGGUGUAUUUUUCCCUUUAAAAAAAUAUUGAUAGAUGAGCUAACAAAAAUGAUAAAAAAAAAAAAAAAUACACUUAUGAUGUCGUGUGCCAUAUCUAGAGAAAUGAAAAGUUGGAAGGAGACAAAUUUCAUUCUGACAUUGUUGAAGAGGUACGUGGUAGACUGGAAAAAUCGUGGCGUUACAGAAUCCACAAUUUCUAUUCAACUCAGCAUUUCUACUUCAUCCCCAAGCAAAAUCAUGACACGCUCAAAUCCAUACCUUAUAUAUGCAAACCCUAAUUCGUUCGAAUCUCACCAACAAUUUAUCUCUACAUCUCCAUCCAAUCACUCGAUUACCCUUUCAAUUCUCCAGAAACCUGUCCACAAUGGGGAUGAUAUUAGGCAAAAUCAGUGUCGAAACUCCGAAAUACGAGGUAAUCGCCGCCGCGGACGACUACGAAAUCCGAAAAUACCCGCCGUCGGUGGUGGCCGAGGUCACCUACGACCCCGCGCAGUUCAAUUCCGACAAGGACGGCGGCUUCACGAUCCUCGCCAACUACAUCGGCGCCCUCGGUAAUCCGCAGAACACCAAGCCAGAGAAGAUCGCGAUGACGGCGCCGGUGAUCACCAAAACUUCGUCGGAGAAGAUCGCGAUGACCGCGCCCGUAGUGACCAAGGGCGGAGGGGAGUUGGUGACUAUGGGGUUUAUACUGCCGUCGAAGUAUGUUAGGGCGGAGGAGGCGCCGCGGCCGGUGGAUGAGAGGGUGGUGAUAAGGGAGGAGGGGGAGAAGAAAUACGGAGUGGUGAAGUUCAGUGGCGUGGCGCGUGACGGAGUGGUGGCGGAGAAGGUGGAGGGGUUGAGGAACUGUUUGGAGAGGGAUGGGUAUAAAGUGGUUGGGGAUUUUGUGCUGGCGAGGUAUAACCCGCCGUGGACUCUGCCGCCGUGCCGGACUAAUGAGGUCAUGAUUCCGGUUGAGUGAUUUCUCAGCGUUUUGUUUUGGGCUUUUGUAUAAAUAAAUAAAUGUAUGUUUCCUGUAUAUCUGGUAAUAUUAUUAAUUAAUACUCCAUCCGUACACGAAAAA